AUGACUGGUGCGUCUAAGAUGCCACAGAAGGUCUCUCUUUUUGUCCUAGAACACACACCCGACACUAGCCAAGAGGACAGACAGAGCAACUCGAGCCACAAGCGCCAGCUGUUAACUACCACCUUAAAGAAGUACGCUGCAACUAUUACAGACGAGUAUCUUCUGAAAUUCGAUGAUCCGUAUCACAGCAGCAGUGGAAAGAGCCUCUCGUAG